AAUGUGCAUGGAAAGUUAAAAAUUGUAUCGUACGCGUUUCACUAGUAGAAGUGUUAAGCCAUCAAAUAUGUCUCGUAAAGAACUAGCCGAAACUUCCCGCAUGCCGGAAGCGUUUAACACUGCACCGGAGGAAAGCGACGGAGUCAUAAGUCUCGACAGUGCCGAAGAAUCAACCGAAGACAGUGAGCCUGAGAGCGACGGAAACGAAUCGUUGGAAUUACUCGAAAAGAAGGUUUCCGCCACAACGCUGUUCGAGGAGCAGAAGGACGUGGCCGGGGCGCAUGUGUUUGGCUUUCGUACGCCGAAGAAGCGGGACUCGAUGGCGGUGCUCGCAUCGGCCAGCGCACAGCGUACGCCACAGCAAAGUGCUAUGCCAAAGACACCGUCCCACACGCGCCGCCUCAAAAAGAAAGCGCUUGCAAAAAUGAUUCGCGAAUCGGACUCGGAUUUUUCGAUGAGCGAAAGCGACUUUGAACCCUCCGGUGACGAGGAAGACGAAUCAUCGUCAUCGGAUGCUGACGAUGACGAGGCGGAGCAUGAGCGUCGUCCUAGCGUUCGAACGCCUGCGCGAGGUAGCGCUCGCAAAUCCAUCCAGCCUGGACCAACGUCGCGAGACAGCUCACACCGUUCGAAGGAACUAGCGGUUCGGCGGCCAAAGGCUGACGGAAAACGGAAGCCAGUGACGGAGUACAUCGUCCAGAGCGACUUGUACUUUUCUACACAUUCCCGCGCCAAUCCAACGUCGGACAGGACGCUCGACCGGCUUCCCAGAUUGCAAGAGGCCGACGUGCAUACGCUGCUUAUGGAAAACCCCGCAACCAACCAUUCCGCCGCCCUUCAAGAGUUGAUCGAUUCGUGCGAGGAUUCGUUCAGCAAGUGGAUGGGCAUCAUGGACGCCGGAUUCAACAUUCUGCUGUACGGGUUGGGCUCGAAGCUUAGGGUAAUGCAACUCUUCCAGCAGCAAGAGCUCAAGCAGAUGCCCGUUUUGGUGUUGAACGGGUUCUUUCCGGGUCUCGCGCUGAAAGAAAUACUGGACAGCAUCGCGAUCAACCUGCUCGAUUUGCGUUUGCCGACUAGCAACCCGCACGAAAUAGUGGACGCCAUCGAGCGCGAGCUAUCCUUCACACCGAAGCAGCACAUCUUCCUGCUGGUGCACAAUCUGGACGGCGCUGGACUGCGGAACAUCCGCACGCAGAACGUGCUUUGUCAUUUGGCAUCUAUCCCCAACAUACAUCUGCUGGCCACGAUCGACAGCAUAAACGCGCCGAUGAUGUGGGACACGACGCAGCUCAACAAUUUUAACUUCUACUGGCAGGAUGUAAGCACGCUGGCGCCGUACCACGUCGAAACUAGCUUCGAGCAGUCGCUCUUGGUAUACAACGCGGGCGCUCCCGCCCUCUCCUCCAUGCACAGCGUGUUCAGCUCGCUCACCUCGAAUGGGCGCGGCGUCUACCUGGCGAUCGUACGCCACCAGCUGGCCAACGGAGGCCCAACCAACCCCAACUACAACGGCAUGCUCUUCAAGGACCUCUACUGGAUCUGCCGGGAGGCGUUCUUAGUUAGCAGCGACCAGGCCCUGCGUACCCAACUGGUGGAGUUCAUUGAUCACAAAAUGCUGCGUGGAAAGCGAACAGCGGACGGUGCGGAAAACCUCAUCAUUCCCGUCGAUCAUGACUUACUGCAGCGCUUCUUCGACGCCUUACCGGACGACCAAAACAUCGGGCCCAAAACUUAGAUGGUGAGUGUGUUGGAGGGACCACCG